CAGCACUUGGCGGAGGGAGUCAGAGCAGCAGCCUUGCGCCCUUGGCUGCUGGGGUAGGCGGACUGACUCACUCGGUCCCCUCCCCGGUGCCCAUGGGGCAGCCCCCACGCCCAUGGGCGCUGGCACCCCGUCAGGCCCCUGGGUUUCGGGAAAGGAAGCUGCCGCCCGGUGCCUGACCCGCGCUGGCUGAGGAUGCGCUCUGCGCGCAGGGACCCGCGGGCCCCCGCGCCCGGAGGAGAUGUGUAGCCAGCGACCCCCCAGAGCAGGCUCGCUCCCGCGGCCGCCUGCUGGGGCCACCCUGGCCGCGGGCCCGCCGGGACGCCCCUGCCCGCGGCGCCCCUCCCAGGGCCGUGGCGCGUCCCCCGAGUCUCGCAGUAUUUCCUCCCUGCACCUUUAAGAAGACCGCUGCUCCGUGGUGGGAUGGUGUGUUCAAGCCACACAGAGGAAGUUACGCAGCCCGGAUCAGACCGAGAGAUAAAAGCCGAUGGCGAUCGUGAGCGAUGGCAGGCGGAUUUAGCCUCGGCAUUAACUUGGAGCUGAGUGCGGGGGGGCGGUGAAGCGCCCCGCCAUCUGGCCCCAGCCGCGCAGGGGGAUGCCCCGGCGCCCCGAGGACCAGCCGCGAAGCCCACCCGGGCCGGGGGCAGCCGGGCGUCCGAGCGCGGGUCCUCUCCGAGCCGCCCAGGGGGACCCAAAAGUUUGCACUUGUUAGCAGCGACCUCCCGCUCGGCCGGGGCGGGCGAUGCUGGCGGCGCGGGCGGCCCCCUCCCCCGGCCCGCGUCUCCGGGACGGCUGCGGGCGGCCCCCCCGGCGGCCGGAGGGCUCCCCAGCUCCACUCUGACGGCCACAGCGGGGCGGCCACCGCGGCGGCGGGAGCCGGGAGCGGCGCGGGAAGGAGCGCGGCCUGCAGCCCUCUGCCUCGCCCCCACCCGGCGCCACCCGAGGGGGAGGCGGCGCGCCGGAGGGUGGCGGUCCUCGGCCUCCGGGUCUCCGCGCCGGGCAGCCGCUCCGAGCUGAGCCGGGUGUUGUUGCUAAUGAGCUCUCCUUCCCUCUUCCCACGAAAGACAAGCCAGACCCUGAGUACCCGCAUGGAUGGAGCUGAAGUCCCAGAAACUUCAUAAUAAGUUGCCAAUGGCUACCAGCCAAGUCCAGCGACACAAUCGUUGUCACUUUCAACUCACAUGAAAAGAAAUCUCUUUUAUGGGUCUGAGAUGUCAAGUCCAGUCCCGUAGAGGGACCAGGUUUCCAGCUCACCCGUCCACCUCCUGAUUUCAUUUCAUCUUUACAACACAGGCCGGAGGGUUGUUUUGCGGGAGUGGUGAGCACAUCACACAUGAAGGGCCCUUUAAAGACCAGGACUGGCUGGAAGGACAGAAAUUAAAGGCACUCUGAUCCGGCCCCAUGCCAGCUCCCCGCGGAGUGCCUCCCGAUCCCAUUUCCAUCCACUGUCACAACCGGAGAGUCUGCCUGAGUUGAUCAGGUUCCCCUGCGGGAGAGGGGGAAUGCCAAGGUCAGGAGGACUCCGAGUGAUGGGCCACCGUUUGAUCUGCCCAUCAGCAGUCUGAGAAACGCUGGCUCCGAGGUUUCCUCCCGGCCUUUGGGGAAAAGCAAGUUCCUCGCUGCUCCCGGGCAGCGCCGUUCCCUGGGACCUCCGCCUCCACCGCCUGGCAGAUGCGGCCUGUCCAUGCUGAGGCCUCGAGCCCCGCCUGACCCAGCCGCCGCCUCUCCAGGGCCCCUCUGGGCCGCACCCCCCGGACUGCACAGCCAUGCUGGGCCUGCUGGCUCUCCUCCUGCACUGCCUCCCGCUGGCCGCCGGGGACUAUGACAUCUGCAAAUCCUGGGUGACCUCGGAUGAGGGCCCCACCUGGGAGUUCUACGCCUGCCAGCCCAAGGUGAUGCGCCUGAAGGACUACGUCAAGGUGAAGGUGGAGCCCAAGGGCAUCACGUGUGGAGACCCCCCUGAGAGAUUCUGCUCCCACGAGAACCCCUACCUGUGCAGCAACGAGUGUGACGCCUCCAACCCGGACCUGGCCCACCCGCCGCGGCUCAUGUUGGACCGGGAGGACGAGGGGCUGGCCACGUACUGGCAGAGCGUCACGUGGAGCCGCUACCCCAGCCCGCUGGAGGCCAACAUCACGCUGUCCUGGAACAAGAGCGUGGAGCUGACGGACGACGUGGUGGUGACCUUCGAGUACGGCCGGCCCACCGUCAUGGUCCUGGAGAAGUCCCUGGACAACGGGCGCUCCUGGCAGCCCUGGCAGUUCUACGCGGAGGACUGCAUGGAGGCCUUCGGCAUGCCCGCCCGCCGGGCCCGCGACCUGGCGGCCUCGGGCGCGCACCGCGUGCUGUGCACGGAGGAGUACUCGCGCUGGGCCGGCGCCCAGAAGGAGAAGCACGUGCGCUUCGAGGUGCGGGACCGCUUCGCCAUCUUCGCCGGCCCCGACCUGCGCAACAUGGACAACCUCUACGCGCGGCUGGAGAGCGCCAAGGGCCUCAAGGACUUCUUCACCCUCACCGACCUGCGCAUGCGGCUGCUGCGCCCGGCGCUGGGCGGCACCUACGUGCAGCGCGAGAACCUCUACAAGUACUUCUACGCCAUCUCCAAUGUCGAGGUCGUCGGCAGGUGCAAGUGUAACCUGCACGCCAACCUGUGCUCCGUGCGCGAGGGCAGCCUGCAGUGCGAGUGCGAGCACAACACCACGGGCCCCGACUGCGGCAAGUGCCGCAAGAACUUCCGCACGCGGUCCUGGCGGGCCGGCUCCUACCUGCCGCUGCCCCACGGCUCUCCCAACGCGUGUGCCGCUGCGGGCUCCGCUGUUGGCAACUGCGAGUGCUACGGCCACUCCAACCGCUGCAGCUACAUCGACUUCCUCAACGUGGUCACCUGCGUCAGCUGCAAACACAACACGCGGGGCCAGCACUGCCAGCACUGCCGCCUGGGCUUCUACCGCAACGGCUCCGCCGAGCUGGACGACGAGAACGUGUGCAUCGAGUGUAACUGCAACCAAAUCGGCUCCGUGCACGACCGGUGCAACGAGACCGGCUUCUGCGAGUGUCGCGAGGGCGCGGCCGGGCCCAAGUGCGACGACUGCCUCCCCACGCACUACUGGCGCCAGGGCUGCUACCCCAACGUGUGCGACGACGACCAGCUGUUCUGCCAGAACGGCGGCACCUGCCUGCAGAACCAGCGCUGCGCCUGCCCGCGCGGCUACACCGGCCUCCGCUGCGAGCAGCCCCGCUGCGACCCCGCCGACGACGACGGCGGCCUGGACUGCGACCGCGCGCCCGGGGCAGCGCCGCGCCCCGCCACCCUGCUCGGCUGCCUGCUGCUGGGGCUGGCCGCCCACCUGGGCUGCUGAGCCCCGAGGACCGCGGCGGCGAGGGGGCCGCCGGCAGUGCACCCUGCGCCCGGGGCGGGGCCGGGGCCGGGGCGGGCGGCGAGAAGGGUGCGGCCCCAGCUGCUCCCAGGUGCUACUCAGCAGAGUCCUCCGCCCACCUCCUGGCCGCCUCCGUGGCACCUGCCCCCGCCCCGGCGCUGCAGCAGGGGGCGCUGUGGGACACUGGCCCCAGUGGCCUCCGAUUUUGGUCUUAGUUUUUCUAUUUCCGGCCGCCCCUUUCCUUUUUAAAUUUUUUUUUGCUGGCGGUGAGACAGGGGGCGGGGAGAAGUGCUGCUCACCCAGCACCCCCAGGUAAACACACACACUCUCGACUGUUGCAGACACCCCUGCACCUGUCCCUGGCUGGCCACCAGCCUCGGACCCUGAACUCCAGUUGCCUACAAUUUCAGUCGCUGACUUGAUUCUCUUUUAUAUUCUUUCUUGGUUUUCCUUUGCAACCCCCAGACCCCAGGCUCGGGAGAGGCCUGGUGGCGGAGGAACACACCACCUGCGGUGGGAGGUAGGAGGAGGGCUGGAAACUUUGUUUUGUAGAGAACUAUUUUUGUUUGUAAUAACCGUCCCCUAUGAGAAGGGACAGGAGCGACGCUGGUCACCACGGGGUGGUCAUCCUAUAUAAUAAAAGCCUAAUAUGCUA